AUGACUGAAACUAAAGCUGAAGGAGAGUUUGAGACCCCCGCCGUUGCUGGCCAAAAGAGGUCUAACUCUGAAAAUGGAGGUCCUGCUUCUAAGAAACCCAACACUGGAGACCCAGAAGGUAAUUUUUUUAUAUUUUUUAUGAUAAUCUAACUGAUGAGUUUAACUUUAUGUUGUUUUUGGUACCUAAUUUCUUUUUUUUAAUGUUAUUAUUCGUUUAGUGCAAGUAAAAGUGUUGAUUCCGGCUGGUGCUGUUGGAGCUUUGAUUGGAAAGGGUGGAGAAUCGAUGAGACAAUUGAAAACUGACUCUGGAUGUCGUGUUCAGAUGUCAAAGAACCAGGAAAUGUUCCACAGUAAGUUCUUUUGGUUUUCUCUUAUUUUUAGGUUAAAAUACAUGUUUUAUGGUAAUAUUGUACACAAUAGUUAGUUUUAAUACUAUUUUUACUUCUAGAAGUAUAUUAAUCAACUGUUUAUGUCGUUUUGAGGUUUUAGAUAACACAAUUUAGGUAACAACACUGUAUUUACCUAUUCAUGCUACAUAGUUGUGUAGAUUAUUAAUAUCCUUUAUUUUUAGACACUAAUGAACGUAUCUGCUUGGUGAAAGGAAAGGUAACCGCCUCAAUGAUGGUGAUGAAGGUGAUUUUGGAGAAGAUUCAAGAGAAGAUCGAAGCCAACAACCCAGCUGAUCCAUUUGACCUUAAAGGACUGAACCGUCCUAAUGAGAUGAAGAUUGUGGUGCCAAACACAUCAGCUGGUAUGGUUAUUGGAAAGUCUGGAGCCAGCAUCAAGGAGAUUCGUGAAUCUACUGGAGCUAACAUCCAAGUAUACCCAAAAGCUGGUUCAGAAGAGGCCAAGCAGUCCAUGGAGAGAGUUAUUACUGUUGGAGCUGAACAGAACCAAGUUUUGUUGGAUGCCAUUUCAAAGGUACUGGAGAAGGUUGCGGCUGAUCCACUUCACGCCCAAGAAGCUCAGAAGACUGAACAAUACACGUCAAGUCAGUCGUUUGGCUUUGGAAGAGUUGACUCUACUCCAGCUUUUGGAAACUUGAACAGUUUUGGAGGAUCAACCCAAAGUGUUUGGCAAUCUCAGACUUCAAUAGGUAAGUUAUAAUUAGUGUUUGCUGUCUUUUUUGGACCUCUUUUAGUGUUAUUAUGGUUCAAAGCAUACCUAAAAGUGUGUAAUUGUUAUCUUUUUAGUCUCCGACAACGGUUUUAACAAGAACAACAGCUUUUCUGGCGGACAGUUGAAGUAUAACGGUCUCCCAGUGUUGAACAACAAUGAGGUAAGUAAUAUUUUAAUUUUUUAGCAUCGAGUUUUGAUAAUAUUUUGGUUUUUCUAGUAUUUUGAUUACAUAUCAUGGUUUUUUAGGUAAUCAACUUCUUGGACAACCUCCAGAACACUCUUCGUAAUUCUGGAUUUAGCGAGAGUGCCGUGGCCGAAAUUAUGCAGGCUAUGAACGUCCUGGCUCGCUACAACAUCAUGGGACUGGGUUUGGGUCUGGGUGUUGCCACUAUGGCUCAAUCCAGACAAAAUGAACCUCCUCAUCAAAUGAUGAGCAACCCCGCUCAAUCGAUGCCUCAACGCUACGACCUGACUCAAUCCAUGUUGGGUGGCAAUGGAAUUUCGUCGAUUUUGGACGGUCCUGAUCGCUCUGAGGUAUGGGAACGUUAUCCUGUCAAACACGAGUACUUUUAGGUCCUUCUCUGUCAUAUCUCUUUAAGGGUUAUUUAAUGUUCAAAAAAUGUUAUUUAUUCUGUUGAUCGGUGAUUCACAAGUUUUCAUCUUCUAGUAUUGCACUUGCUCUAACAGUAUCUAUAAUCAUUAGUAUUGUUUUAUCUUGUUUCGAGAAGCUUCUAUAGUAUGGAUAAAUCUGAAUUCUUUCAUCGGCUUUGAUCUUCUGCUCUUAACACUGACAUUCAUUUAAAAAUCUGCUUAAAUCUUAUUUCAAAGUUUUUGAAUUGUUCAUUUAUCCGGAGUCCCUAUUAGAUCAUCUGCUAAAAUAUUCUUCAUGUUUCCCACCAGUUCCUCAGAUAUUGUCCCCACAAUCUAUCAAACAUGAAACUAAGAUCACCAAAAAAUGAAAUCAAAUAUAUUACACUUGAUAUUUUAGGGUCUUGGCCAUGGUGGAGUCCUUAUUGAUGUGUUGGGACAGUCGAAUAAUGUCAACGAGUCCUUCGCGUCUACAGUCAUCAAGGAGCGUGUUAACGAAGACGGCAGACUCGAAUUGGAGGUACCGGAUGCCAUUGUUGGAGCUGUUUUAGGUCCAAAGGCCAAGACAUUGGUCGAAAUUCAACAAUUAAGUGGCUGCAAAGUAGAAGUACAUAAGAGAGGAACAGCUAACACUACUAACGGACAUCGUUUAAUUAGGUACGUUGGUCAUAGGGAAGGAACACCGUAUGGAUUUAUGUUAUUAUACUUCGCGAAAUCGAAGUAUAUUUUUUAUUUAACUUUGUUCAUUUCAGUUUGACCGGCUCGGCCGCCGCCAUCGCAAACGGCCGCCAGAUGGUGGAGAAGGUGAUCAACAAUGAACAAGCACGUCGUGGCCCAGCCUCGAGUGUCCGCUCGGGCUUCUGA